GUGGGAAAUACUGCUUCCUGAAUCGCUACUUGUUGCUGCACGGAACUCGCCAUGUUUCGAAAAGGAAUGCCGCGGCGUCCUGCCUCUGCCUCCGAGGGCUUCAGUUCCACUCCGGUGAAAUCCAGCCAGAGCAAACAUGUCCUCAUGCACAUGGACGAUGGAGUCCUUUCUGAGGAUGACGACACGUUCACCCAGCUGUCUCCCAUCUACAAUGACAGUUUUGACAGUGAUGACGAGCUGGAGAACGGAGACUCCAGACGCAGCGCUUCUCCGCUCAGAUGUGAACUUCCCAAGGCAAGAAGUUCUUUACUUGAACAUGAAGGGUCACCUUCGCUUGGUGCAUGGGAAUUGUGGCUAGUCAACAAAGCCAAGAAGGAACGUCUGAAACUAGAAAGGAAAGAAGACGAGGAACGCUUAAUGAGGCAAAAACUUGAGCAAGGAGAAGUGGAAAGGAGGCGUAAGAAAGAAAUUGUGGAGGAGAAAAUCAGAGAGUGGCUGAAGGUGAAAAGAGAACAGGAGAAGAAGGAGCAGCUUUGUAAGCUAAUCAAAGAGGAGGAGGAGAUGCAGAGGCGGCAGGAAAAACUGAGAGAGGCUGAGCAGAAAGCUCAGCAGAAGUUCAACGACUGGCUUCAUAAGAAAAAACAAGAGAAGUUGGAAAAAUUAAAAAAAGAGAAGGAGGAAGCAAAUCUGAAAGCAGAGCAGGAGAAAGAGCGUCGCAGGAAAGCAGAGGAGAAGUUUCAAGAGUGGCUGGCAAAGGCUGAUGACAGAAGUAGAGCAAGUCCCAAAUCACCCCAGUGCCCAGCAAGUCCCUAUGACAAGUUCCACCCAUCACCAGGCUUCUACAAUCCGAUUCCAUGGAAACCAAAUCAUGUUCCGCCUCCAGAAUCACCAGUGAACCGGAUGCCUAUCAAGAAACCUCAAAACCAGAGCUCCAAUGCAGCACGGACUGUGAAAAACAGUGGAUGGGCUCGGCAGAACAGAUGACUUCAGUC